AAGGAAGAGCCACCCAUGAUACAGAGGAGACCAUGCCAGGAUCUUCUGGCACCACUGCCCUGCAGGUCCAAACCAAGUGUUGAGAAAGACAUCAAGACAGAGCAGGUACAGGAUGGGGCACCCGACUCUCACACAGUAACAAAGAGAGAACUAGUAUCUGCUGCAUCUGAUGGUUCCCUGAAACCUAGAUCCAAGGCUCCCGUGGUUCCCAAGGCCUCCCAAAGCGAGCAAGGAGUUCCCUCAACAUGAAAAAAGGCCAGGAAAAACAGAAGAAAGGAGAGGAAGGGUCUGCCACCAUCUGUUUUGAGGAUCUCCAAAUCCACCGAGAGAUGAGGCAUCACAGACAGAGCAAAGCUAAAAAUCUGUCACCCUUGACCACUUGGGCUCCAAGCCUGUCUUCAGGCGGAGUCGGAUCAGUGAGAUCAAAGUGAUGAUUCCAGGGUCUAAGCCAGCGGCACGAAGGGUUCGGAGUGCCAGAGUCGCUUAUGACGUGUUUGAGUGUGUCUCUCGAGCGGGCAAUCCUAGCAACGAACCUGCCUGCAGUCUCCGCGGGGGAAACCCAAUCAAACCCAACGCUAAAGCAAAUAAUCUAGAACCAGAGGAGCGGAUGGCCAACGGAGAAGAUUUGAACCUCUACUUCAGAACAUUGAUCACUGACGUUCUGGAGGAACUUAAGGGGCAAUACUGAAGAAGUUGUUUCAAGACCAAUUCUCAUUCACGAGGUGAAGAAAGCCCAUGCAGCCACCAUAAGCGCUUCUCUUCCUAACCUGUAUGGACUCGUUGUGGAUGAAGUUAUGGACCACUUCAGUACAGAACCCUUCAAAGACAGCCCAAUAUGCCUGCAUUUUGAAUGUUUAAUCUUCAAAUGGAUGAUUACUUUGAGAGGAUAAUGCUAGACAAAUUGCUGAAGGACAUGUCCCGAAAGUGUGCAGGAUAGAGCUCUAGCACCUUAGCUGUAGACGCUACAGAUGAAGAGGAGUUCUCCCGACAGGAGUCUGCUGCAGCACAGCUGAUUCCCAAAGUUUUCCAGGAAGUCAAGACAAAGUUUGUUGACAAGACCAAGAAGAGACUUCUCUUGGGGGAGCCAGCUCCAAAGGUAAUGGUGAGUGUAUGUGGCUACAGUAUGGAGACCAAGAGGAAGAAAGACAAUUUCAUGGGUCCCAAGACUGCACAGCCUCGUGGGAAAUAAUCACUACAGAGCCCAAAAGUCGCUUCACACGAUAUCGAUGGUGGAAUACGAAAAUGUAUCCGGUGUGGAAAGAUGAAGACCCUCGCUACAAAGACUCUUGGAAAGGUGGCAAGGUAAAGUUCAUUGUGGGCAAUGACGCACCGACCCUGACUGCAGCCAAGGUGACCUUUACCAUCGAGCUGCAGUUCCCACACAACCAGAAGGUCAUGCCCGAUGGAGAGGUGGUGUGGGCUGAGGACUUCACCGUCAAUGGAACACGCUACCAUCAGUCUGAGCCAGUGUAUCCUGCACAGAACACGGAGUGGAACGGAGUCUUCCCCGACGGCACACCUUUCAGGAAGGGUGGUGACAAACCCCCUCCGUAUGUGUUUGUAUGGAAGACAUGGGGUCAGUACUGGCAGGUGUCUGAUGGCCCCUCCUCCUCCCUCACCAUCGGGACAGACGAUGUCCCUCUGGGUUCCUACAUAGUGGACAUUGUCAUCUACCACUACCGCAGCCAUGAGAAGUUCAUCCCUCUGGGAUACGCCUCCACACAGUUCUCCAUCACUGAUCAAAUCCCCUUUGCCGUCUCGAUGAGCCAAGUGAACGACGUCAACGAGGCAGACCUGAGCUUCGUCCAGAACAGAGCGAUAGCCUUCACCAUCAGUCUCCACGAUCCCAGCGAGUACCUGAGUGACGCUGACAUCACAUACAACUGGGACUUUGGUGACAGCAGCGGAGCUCUCAUCUCCAGAGAGCUGACUGUCACCCAUACCUACAUAGUGGCUGGCGGCUUCAAGCCCCGGGUGGUUGUACAGGCCGUUAUCCCUGAUAAAGCAUGUGCCACACCAGCUGGUGUUAUCCCCACUGGUAGCACUGUCACUAUUGGGCCUGCCAACCUGGCAGGCACGACAGUGAGAGCUCCUGCUGCGGCUGUGUCAGCUGCUCCAGUAACGGCGGCCACACAGGGAGCUACAGUAAAUGUAGGCCCCUCAGUCCCCGCUGAGACUGAUACACAGGAGGACACGACUGAGGUGGGAGCCUCCACCGCUCAGCACACAAAGACACCUUCUCCGGUCAACCCUGACACCUCAACUGUCUCCGCUGGUUCAACAACAGCUGCUUCUGAAGUAGAGCCAGCUGGGGAGACCGUUACGGCCCAAGCUCCCGUGGUGAUAGUUGUUAAGCGUGAAGCAGGUGAAAAACCCAAGGAUGAUGACUGUGUGAUCUAUCGCUAUGGGUCCUUCUGCGCUGGCAUUGACAUUGUUGAGGGCAUUGAGAGUUUGAAGAUAGUGCAAGUGGACAAUGCUCUGAUCAAGACUGAUGCAUUUGAGGUUGAACGAAAUGUAGUGGAUCUAACUGUCACCUGCCAUGGGAGCCUUCCCACAGAGGUGUGUAUGUUGGUGUCGGAUGCAGACUGUCUGAUGCCAGUCCACACCAUGUGCAACACAGUGUCGCCCUCUUCUGAGUGCAAGCUGGUACUGCGCCACAUUUUCAAUGACUCUGGCAUCUUCUGCAUCAAUGUGUCCAUGACCAAUGAUGUCAGUCUGGCAGUCACCAGCGCCAAAGUUAGCGUGACCAUGGGUUCCGGUCUGUCCUCAGUGGGCACUGUAGCCAUGGUGAUAGGGGUCCUGAUCAUUGCUCUGGUCACUGGAUCCGUGGCCUACACUUACAAACGUUUCAAAGCUUACCGUCCUCUGAAGGAGGAGUCUGUGGUUGGCUCCUCCUCCCAGAGCGCUGAGAGCAGUCCUGGUUGGAGCUCUGGACCUCUGCUGUUUUGGAACCUUCUGAGUCGACAGGCUCCUGUAGAGAACAGCCCACUGCUCGAUGACAGGCUUGUGUGAAUGGACAACAACAACCCAUUCAACUGCCAAAUACACACAAAACAACAGCCCAAGAAACAUUUUAUUUGCACAUAUAGUCAUCUGACAUGUUUUGUUUUUUGUUUCAUACUUUUUAUACAUUUAUUUUAUAACUGUGUGUAAUUUGGCUUAUUUCCCUCAAAUUAAACAUUUUCAAAGAGCAUAUGUAUGGUAAGACCAACAUUGAUUUAACAUUUUUAUACUGGAGGUUUGACCAGUGAAUAUUAGUGGAAACUACGGUGAAGUUAUACAUUUUAAUAUCUUUCCCCCAUUAAAAUCCCCCCAAACUGCA